AUGGCUGACCAGAAUGAAAUCGAUCUCGAUUCCAUCAUCGACCGGCUGUUGGAGGUGAGGGGUAGCCGACCAGGAAAGCAAGUUCAAUUGCUCGAGUCUGAAAUUCGCCAUCUCUGCACCAAGGCCAGAGAGAUUUUCAUAUCUCAGCCUAUACUGCUGGAACUUGAGGCCCCAAUCAAGAUAUGCGGCGAUAUCCACGGACAAUAUUACGAUCUCCUGCGUUUAUUCGAGUACGGCGGGUUUCCUCCCGAGGCUAACUACCUCUUCCUUGGAGACUACGUAGAUAGAGGUAAACAAUCACUCGAGACCAUCUGUCUGCUAUUGGCGUACAAGAUCAAGUAUCCAGAGAAUUUUUUCAUCCUCCGCGGAAACCAUGAGUGUGCGUCUAUCAACCGUAUUUAUGGUUUCUAUGACGAGUGCAAACGGAGAUACAACAUCAAGCUGUGGAAGACCUUCACGGACUGCUUCAACUGUUUGCCAAUCGCAGCCAUCAUAGACGAGAAAAUCUUCACCAUGCACGGCGGCCUCAGCCCUGAUUUGAACUCCAUGGAACAAAUCCGUCGUGUAAUGCGUCCUACUGAUAUUCCCGAUUGCGGUCUUCUCUGUGAUCUCUUGUGGUCUGAUCCGGAUAAGGAUAUAACUGGCUGGAGCGAAAACGAUCGGGGCGUGUCGUUCACGUUUGGUCCGGACGUUGUUUCACGAUUCCUACAAAAGCACGAUAUGGACCUUAUAUGUCGUGCACAUCAGGUUGUUGAGGAUGGUUAUGAAUUUUUCUCGAAGCGACAGCUAGUCACACUCUUUAGCGCGCCCAACUAUUGUGGAGAAUUUGACAAUGCUGGAGCUAUGAUGAGUGUUGACGAGAGUCUGCUAUGUUCAUUUCAGAUUUUGAAACCAGCCGAAAAGAAACAAAAGUACGUCUACGGUGGCAUGAGCAGUGGCAGACCCAUUACUCCUCCUAGGAAGCAAAAGAAGAAGUGA